UUAGCCUUCACGUCCUCGCUUUUCCAAAACUCAAACAUUCAAUACGAAUUUCCCCCCCAAACCAAAACAAUGUCCUCCACAUUCUUCGUCUGCGGCGCCACCGGCACACAAGGCGGCGCCGUCACCAACCAUCUCCUCAAACAUGGCGCCAAAGUCCACGCCAUCACACGUAACAUAGAUACUCCAGCAUCCCAAAGCCUCCAAUCCCGCGGGGUAUCCCUCACGCAAGGAACCUUCGACAACCCCGAGAUCAUCAAACAAAGCAUGAAGGGCUGCACCGCGGUCUUCCUCAACCUAAUGCCCAAUCUCCAGGGCCCCAAUACAGAAAUGCAACAAGCGGAAAACAUCCUAUCCGCCGCCAAAGCAGCCGGUGUCAACCACGUCAUCUACUCCAGCGGCUUCUCCGUAAAUGAGCCCCAACGAAUGAAGCACUGGGACCCCAAUACAAUAGUAGCAAGUUUCCUCCUCAACAAACAAGCCAUCGAGAAAAAGGUCCGCACAUACGGAUUCGAGUACUGGACCAUCCUGCGCCCUGGAAACUUCAUGUCGAAUUACCUACAGCCGCUCGUUCGAAUGUACCCUGGUUUUGUAGAAACUGGCGUCUGGACGACGGCCUUGUUACCUGAGACGCAGCUACCCAUGGUGGAUCCCAAUAAUAUUGGGGCCUUUGGGGCAGCGGCUAUUUUGGAUCCGGUUAGAUUCCAUGGCAAGGAGAUUGAGAUUGCGUCGGAGUUUCUUCAUGUACAAGAUGUGACAGAGGCGUUGUCCCGGGCAACGGGAAGGGAGCUGAAGGUGGCGUUCUUGUCGCAGAAGGAGGUUGAGAAGCAGGCGGCACAGAACCCGUUUAUUGGAGGUCAGUUGUUGGCGCGCGAUAUGGCGCAGUAUGUGGACUUGGAGAAUGUGAGGGCUUGGGGGCUGCCUUUGGGGACGUUUAGGGAGUUUUUGGAGAGGGAAAAGGAUGGAGUUAAAGCGACUUGGUCAGUCUAAGGCCGGCUGGAUAGGGUGAUCGAAUGGAUUGAAGGAAUGUUUUGUUUUCCUAGGAGCCUUAAUGUAUGCAUGCACCGCAUGUCGUUGAUUUAGAGGAUUGAAUACUAGCACUUCAGAAGCACAGACACUGUAUGAAUGUCUCCAGGACUGUAGAGAUUCUUUCCACCUUAAUAUUAUCUCUGGUUUUAUGAUUUUCGUUAUUGUUCGUUGCAAUGGUCCA